AUGGCAGCACCUGACGGCGAUCGCCUUCGCUCGACGGUGGCGGAGCCGCCGUACUCCAUUUCGAUCAGGAGCGAGGAGCCGCCGCGGCAGCAGCAGCAGGGCACGCUGGCGCGCAGCGACAGCGGCAGCACGGGGGAGCGGGACCGGCGGUUCGACCAGUUCAAAACCUUCGGCGGGCGCCUGGAGCGGCAGCUGUCCAGCAUCCGCGGGGGCGCGCAGACGCACCCGCACCCUGCAGCCGCCGACGUCGGCGGCGGCGAGGCUAGGGACUCCGAGGCAGACACCGACGACGACGGCGAGCUCCCCACGGCCGACCGGUACUUCGCGGCCCUGGAAGGCCCCGAGCUUGAGACGCUCCGGCCGACGGAGGUGCCCGUGCUCCCCGAGGACGAGGCGUGGCCGUUCCUGCUGCGGUUCCCGAUCAGCGCGUUCGGGAUGUGCAUGGGCGUGAGCAGCCAGGCGAUGAUGUGGAAGACGCUGGAGCAGGAGCCGUCCACGGCGUUCCUCCGAGUGAGCCCCGGCGUGAACGACGCGCUCUGGUGGCUCUCCGUCGCGCUCAUGGUGGUCGUCUCCGCCACCUACGUCCUCAAGGCCGUCUUCUACCUGGAGGCGGUGCGGCGCGAGUUCCACCACCCGAUCCGCGUCAACUUCUUCUUCGCGCCGUGGAUCGCCUGCCUCUUUCUCGCCAAGGGCCUGCCGGAGCCGGUCACGGCGGUCCACCACGUUGUGUGGUACGCCCUCAUGGCGCCCAUCCUGUUCCUGGACAUCAAGAUAUACGGCCAGUGGAUGUCCGGCGGCGAGUGGCGGCUGUCCCGCGUGGCCAGCCCCACGAGCCACCUGGCCGUGGUGGGCAACUUCGUCGGCGCGCUGCUCGGCGCACGGAUGGGCCUCCGCGAGCCGGCUCUGUUCUUCUUCGCCGUCGGGGCGGUGCACUACGUGGUGCUGUUCGUGACGCUGUACCAGCGGCUCCCCACCAACGUGCCGCUGCCUCGGGAGCUCCACCCGGUGUUCUUCCUUUUCGUGGCGACGCCGAGCGUGGCCUCCGUGGCGUGGGCCAGGAUCAGCGGCGAGUUCGGCCUCGGCGCCAGGGUCGCCUACUACGUCUCGCUCUUCCUCUACGCGUCGCUGGUGGCGCGCGUCAGCUUCUUCUUCCGGGGCGUCCGCUUCUCGCUCGCGUGGUGGGCGUACACUUUCCCUGUGACGAGCGCGGCCAUCGCCACCACGGUGUACGCGUCGGCGGUCACCAACGCGCUCACCCAGGCUCUGGCAGUCGGGCUGUCGGCGGUCGCGUCCGUCACCGUCGCAGGCGUGCUGGCCACCACCGUGUACCACGCGUUCGUGCGCUGGGACCUGUUCCCGAACGACGUGUCCAUCGCCAUCCGCCGGCGGCCCAGGGCCAAGUUCGGAAAGAUACUCGCGCGCCUCCGCACCUCCAGCGCCGACCUCAAGGAGCUCGUCAUCUCCAGGCACGGCGGCUCGGCGUCGGAGACCAGCAGCGUCGUCAGCGAGCCGCCCACCCCGAUGGUGGACGGCCGCGGCCGCAGCAGAGCAGAGCCGUAG